AGCGCUUCACCUUCCGUGUGUUCUUUUGGUUUCGGUCCCUGCCUGCACCUAUGUCCGACAUCGCACUGUGUUUUGUUAGGGUUUUGAGGGAUAUAACUCUGUUUCUCAGCCUCGAUGAAUAAGAAAGUAGUAGCAGAGACGUAGACGGAUCCUUGUAAGAACUAUUUUUGAAGUUGGGUUAGUUGUUUUGACGUUUUUGGCUGUGGAGAGAAAGGUGAAGACCAAGAUCGAUCGAUUGUAUUGAUAUUGACGAUGCUUAAUUGGUGUCGAAGUUCGUGUUGAAGUUCAUGUUUGAUGCCGUGUUUUGGAGAAGAGGUAGUGGAAGAAUGCUGUGUUGUGGGUUUCGGGGGCGGUGAGGAGUGGGCGACCGAUUGAUCUGUCGGUCUGACUACGAUGAAUUGUUUCAGGUGUCAGGGUAGUUUGUUCAGUGGGUGGUAGUAUGGAUUGGGUGGUGCUCUGUUUCGACGAAGGGGGUGAUUAUUGGGUGAGGAAGGAAAGCUUUGAAGUCUCAGAACUGUGGUGAAUUACGGACAUUUUGCGCAAGGUCUUUGAGGUGGAAGACUCUAUGGUACCGCGGUUGUUAGGGUAAUCUGGCGAAUGAUAUAGCAAAUUAGGUUUACAGGGACGGAGUUUGCUGGAUAUGGUGUACAGAAACUCGCGUGACAAGGAGAGUCGCAUCAUGGGUUCAAUCGUUAAUCUUGUAUAUUAUGCAGCGGUGGCUAGGGGGAACAUCGUACUUGCGGAGCACAUAAAUCCUAAGGAAAACCUAGCAGAUGUUGGGGAGGAAUGUCUGGAGAAAGUUCCGCCCUACCACAACCAAUUCACCUAUACCAUUAAGCAACGAAUGUUCAUGUUCUUGAUAGAUGGCCCGUUCACGUACUGUGCAGUUGUGGACGAGGCGUUGGGGAAAGGAAAAUCCAUCUGGUUUCUAGAACGGGUCAGGGAUGAGUUCAAGCUGCUGAUUCGAUCUCGCGGCCUGGAUGGCAUGGGACUGGAAAAAAUGUCCUUGGCCUAUGACUUUGCGGGUGUUUUCAAUCAGUUAGUAAAACCACUUGUGGGCAUACCUCAGAAGGAGGUCGAUUUAAACUACGAUUGUCCUGAUUCUAGAGAUGGCUUUGUCCUGAGUUCGUCUGCUUCUGCUCGGGCGGAGAAUUCCCACGGAGGAACAAACGUGGGUAGACCGUCUCUUCUCACCGCCAAUGGUCAUCGAGAUUACAAGGCUGGCAAGAAACACAGCAAAGACCAGCAGGUCAUCCAGGUUAAAGAAAUUAUGAUGACUAACAGUGGGAAGGCACUCGAUACAUGCAAUUCCUCCGACAUGGAUCCUAGCGUGAGAAGGCGGAUGGGUCGGCAAAUGGCGGCUCAAAUGUGGUGGAAGAAUGUGAAGCUUGUGUUCAUUCUGGACCUCGUUGUGUGUUGUGUCCUGUUCGCUAUCUGGCUGGGUAUCUGCGGUGGUUUCCGCUGUGUAAAUUGAAUAAUUUAGGGGAGGGUUCUCUGUAGGUAUGUCAUAAUUUUUUUGGGCUUUCUGCAACUUUUCAAUGGCUUAUUCUGUAUGAUCUAGGUUUCUUCUGACCUACACUGACACUAACUUACGUUCACUAUAUCACUUGCCACGUAGCAGCCCUCAGUUGCAAACAAUAUACCUUGAAAUGAGAUAGGAACCAAGGAUGGCAGACUUUUGAAGUCACUGCUGUUGCGAACACCAGGCUCUUGAGAACUUAUUGGCAGUUGAGGAGUUAUGUGACCCUUAGAACUGUUUGAAUAAACUAGGCAGAGAAAGAGUGUGUACAAAGAUGACUCAAGCUCGGGUAACGAAGAUGACGAAGAUGAAAUUAGUUCUUUUUAAACUUAAAAUCCCUUUGCUGAAGUUUUAAUUGAUAGUUGUAGGCACUGCGUGUUUCGGUGUUCACGCCUAGCCUAAAAAAUGUGUAUCUGGCUAUAAAGCACAAUUGUGCCUAUUCAGUAGUUUUCUUUUUCCCCGCUUCUUUUUUGUCUCCAGCGUACUUCGCAGUAAAGCUCACCAAGUUAACACUUGAGUUUGCAUCCGA